GAUUCCAAGUUACCUUGGCAAUCAACGGGAAUCGACACCGAGACGAAACUGUAAAAGAGGCUCGAUUGAUGUCUGAAAAUGGCGUCGCGUGAAUUUCUGAAGAGUUUGAAGUAUUUUAUACCAAGAGGUGGUGAUAAAGUUUAUAAAGAUGAAUGUUUAUUGUGUUAUGAUUCACCGUACUCUGAUGGUGGGCUCUUUGUAUCCUUGACAACACUUCAGGGAUUCUGUCAAGAUCAUGUGAAGUUAUUUUGUAUAAAGCAUGGGAAAGAAGCUUUCUUGCAUUUGAAGAAAGUUAGGAAAUCAGUAGAUAUGAGCACUGCUGGAGAACCAGAAGCAAAGAAACCAACAAGGCUAGCUAUAGGAAUUGAAGGUGGAUUUGACCCUGAGAAGGAUAAGGCUCAAUACGACGACGUCAAUUCAGUGCAUAUCUUGGAAGCUGAUGGUACAAGGAUUGAAGAGGUUUCCCUUCCGAGUACUGAUUUACCCGAAAUGACAUUGAUGGCAGUCAGUGCAAUAUUGUCCCAUCAAGGUGCUUCAAUGCUAGACAACAUUGCUGCUUGGGAGGGUGACAAACGAAUGGUUUCCAAACAUGCCAAUGAUCUUCUUCAGUUGGACAAUGGAGUCAAGGUUCCACCAAGUGGCUGGAAAUGUUCAAAAUGUGAUCUAGUAGACAACCUGUGGAUGAACUUAACUGAUGGAACAAUACUUUGUGGUAGAAGGUAUUUCGAUGGUUCUGGUGGCAACAAUCAUGCGAUUGAAUAUUAUGCAGAGACAAAGUACCCAUUGGCUGUGAAACUGGGAACCAUAACUUCUGAUGGAGCUGAUGUAUUCUCAUAUGAAGAGGACAACAUGGUAGAAGACCCCAAACUCGAGCAACAUUUGGCCCAUUUUGGAAUUAACAUAUUCAAAAUGGAGAAGACUGACAAAACAAUGACAGAGCUCGAAAUCGAGGCAAACAUGAAAUUGAAAGCUGAAUGGGAUAAUAUUCAGGAGUCUGGUAGAGAUUUGAAGCCGAUGCAUGGUCCAUCGUACACUGGGAUGAUUAACCUUGGCAACAGUUGCUACAUGAACUCUGUGAUGCAAGUUUUGUUUACUACUCCUGAAUUCCAAGCAAGAUAUUUUUGCGAUGUCGGUGAAUGUUUUCUACAGUCAAAUCGUCAUCCAAUUGAAGACAUUGAAAUCCAAAUAAGGAAGUUGGCAAACGGUUUACUGUCUGGCAAGUAUUCAGCCCCGGGAGACGAUGGAGAGACGGAGAGACCGGGUCAGGGCAUAAGGCCAUCAACUUUUAAAUCAAUUGUGGCCGAAGAUCACAUUGAAUUCAGAACUAAUAGACAACAAGAUGCUUUUGAAUACCUUCUACAUUUGCUGACAUUGAUAAGUAGAAAAGAGCACUCCAGAUCAUCGAAAACUGACUUAAGAAGUUUGUUUGCCCUAGAGUUUGAGGAUCGGCUGCAAUGUUUAGCAAGCAACAAAGUUUCUUAUUCAAAAAGAGAGGAUGUGUCACUAAUGCUGCGAAUUCCGAUUGAAAAGGCAACCAAUGUUGCUGAAUACAAAGCUUUUGAGGAAAUGCGGAAAGAAAAAGAAGCAAAUAAGGAAAAAAUAGAUUCAUCUCAAAUUGUCCGUUUAAAUGUUUCAAUGACAGACUGUAUAGAAUCAUUUGCGCAGGCAGAGAUACUUGACAGCUUUUGUAGCAGUGCUGUUAAAGAACCCACACAAGCCUCAAGAACAACAAGAUUUGCCUCUUUCCCUGAUUAUCUGAUAGUGCAGAUGCGAAAGUUCACUGUUGACGACAAUUGGAUUCCGAGAAAAUUAGAUGUUUCAGUCGAUGUCCCUGAUGAACUGGACCUUUCACACCUUAGAGGAACUGGAUUGCAACCGGGAGAAGAAGAACUCCCAAAGGCAAGCACGCUGGAACCUGAAGAGCCAAAUAUUGAUGAAAAUAUGGUUCAGGAGCUUGCUGCAAUGGGAUUCGUUCUGGAAGGUUGCCGGAAAGCAGUUUAUAACACGAAAAAUUCAGGUAUAGAGAGCGCGAUGGAAUGGAUCCUUCAGCAUAUGGAUGACGCUGAUUUCGCCGAUAGACUGGAGUUGCCAUCAGCCAAAAAGUCGAAUUUCCAGCCAAACGAAGAAGCACUCGGCAUGAUUCAAAGCAUGGGUUUCACGAAGGAACAGGCCACCAAGGCGUUAAAAUCUACGGACAAUAAUGUAGAACGAGCCGUGGAUUGGAUAUUUAGUCACCCGGAUGAGCUGAACGCUGAAGAAAUGGAAGUUGACGAUGACAGCAGGUCAGCGGGGCCUAAAUUCUCAGAUGGACCUGGAAAAUAUCGCCUAUUUGCAUUCAUAAGCCACAUGGGAACUUCAACCUCCUGCGGCCAUUAUGUCUGCCAUAUUUACAAGGAAGGAAGAUGGAUUAUCUAUAAUGAUCGUAAGGUUGCAGUCUCCGAGAAGCCACCCAGAGACCUAGCUUAUAUUUACUUCUACAAGAGAGCUGAGACAUCAUGACGUCACAAACACCCUAGCAGCAACAUGAGAUAAAUUGGCCUUGUGCUCACAUUGCCAGAUACAGCAUUCUCCAGAGCGACUGUUUUGCUGCAAAACUUUUUGGAAAUUUUCCUUAAGUUUUAAGAUUUCAGCUCAAUGACGAUAUCAGUAUUUUCCACUUCACGUCUAGAGUUUUUCUAAUUUUGUUUUAAAACGUAAUAUCCUUUCUUUCCGUCAUAAAUUAUGAAAAAUUGAAAAAACGUUACUUGAAGAAGAGAAACAGUUUGAGUU